GCUAACCCCAAUGACCUCACCACGAUCCACGCUGGUCCUGAAGGACAGGAUCCUACGAAACACAAGCGGAAGCAGACGCUGUUGAGCUUGCUGGACGCACUCGCCGAGUUGAGCAAGGAUGAGGAUCUGAAUGGCAUGGGCACGCUGCAGCAACCUAGCUUCGAAGACGAUCGCGAUGUCCCGACUGUCGACGAGCACCUACAAAAGGUCGGCGCGGAGGCGUUCAAUAAGUUCCAGAGACGAGUUAUGAACCUCGACAAGGAGCUGCGAAACUUCGCGAACGCCGCCCGCCAACUCGGCAGCUCCGUCGGUAUCCUCUCGUCCUCCUACCACCUCCGUGGCCGCCUCGCCCAGAUCCUCUACCUGUUCCGCGAAAACGCCGCGGACCUCUUCCCCCGCAAGAUCUCACAUCAGACACGAGAGUCGCUCACCAACCCACAACUGGCGCAGUACCGCAAGAGCAAGCGGCACAGGGCGCCGCCACACGUCCACAACCCGAUCGUGAUGGAGAAGCUGGACCCGGAGGACUUUCCCGAGCAGCUGCAGAUGUUCGCGCAAGAUGUGACGACGUUCCUGGACUGCUUGAACGAGUUUCCGGAGUUCACGGACGAGGCUGUCAAUGCGGCGGUCUUGUCAUUAGAGGGAGAUUUGAAAUACUGGGCUUCGUCGUUGAAGCAGUACGAGAAGGAGUUCCGGUUCCCGGCGGUGCAGCGCUACCUGCACGACCUGAGCGGCGAGAUGGGCGAGCAUAUAGACAACAUCACCACGUCGCUGUCGGUGUUCAUAGAGAUAGGUGUCCCCACGAUUCGCUUUGCGCAGAAGCACGCCAGCCAAAACCUCCUCAACCUCAGUACAGUGGCGACCUUCUUCUCGGCUGUCACAGCUACGACAAUGCAAUUCUCGUUCAACAUGACUACUACCCCGCUGCAGAACGCCGUGAACUCGUUCUGGUUCACUUCUCUGGUAUUCAGUAUUGGGGCUGCGGUGAACAGUCUGCUUGGUGUCACAUGGAAGCAGGCGAUGUAUCGUUCACCAGGGCACCGAGUCCCGUGGUGGGUGCUCAUCUGGAUCAAGCGUUCUCCGCUCGCCUUCCUCGUCCUCUCCGUCGCUUGCUUCUCAAUCGGGCUCGUUCUCUUUGCCUACGCCUCUCAACAGCACCAAAUCACCUGCACGCUCACCACCGUCUUCUCCGCAUGCAGCAUCAUAGGCCUAACCGCUGUCUCUGCGUGGUUCGCCUCUGAGCGCUGGACGUUCUCCCGCCACAACGGCACUAAGUGGCUCGCCGACGUUCUCUCCGAGACCAAGGUCCGCGUCAAGUCCACGCGCGGUGCUCAGUGGCUCAUCUACGAGCCCCGCGAGGCGUUCCGCAUCGCGAGCCGCUGGGUCGCGGAGCGCUUCCGCCAGGUCGGCGAGGGUGUGUCCGAGCUGAGCGCGAGGACGCUCUUGAGGUUGAACCUGAACGGGGACAGCGACGACGAGAAGUACGAUGCGGAGCGCGCGGUCACCCCAGGGACGACUGUGGAGUGCGCGAGCCCCGAGCCGAUGUCCCCGACCUUCAGGCGUGCGGGGUCGGACGCGGGCCCGCUGCUGCCCAUCGCUGAGAUACGCUCGCCGACUGCGACAUCGGUCGAUGGCGGGGAUGGCGGGGAUGGCGCGAGCAUCAUGAGCGACUCUCCUGGGCCGUCUACAGCUGCCCCAGGGCGCGGUCGCUUCGCGAACGCCGUCCGGGCUGUGAUCAAGAUGCGGGUGGCGUCGUCGGCGUUCCCAGUCGAGGGCAGAAACCCGAGGCGGCAGCGUACUAUGUCGUCGGACGGGAACGGGCGCGACGCGGAGCCUGUUGGGGUGCUGAAGAACUCGCGUGUCGGGACGCUGAUGCCGAAGUUGAGGAGCCUGCAGACGACGCAAAGCUUCGAGGCGCAUUCGGCGCUGGUUAGACACCUGCAGUUCUCGCCCAACGGCAAGUUCUUGGCAACGUCGAGUUGGGAUCGAACAUCGGUCAUAUUCAAAGUCGGCGAACAAUUCACCUCGCAUCGUAUCCUGGCCCACCCUCAAGGCUUCGUUGGACAAGUGGCGUGGUCUCCGAGCGGGAACCUCUUGCUCACCAAGCUCGGUCGCGGUGUGAAGGUGUGGACGGAGGACGGCGUGUGCAAGAAGACGAUUGAUCGCCGCAGGAACGUCCAGUCCAUCGCAUGGCUUCCAGGCGGCGAAGGUUUCUUAUCAGUCGAGGGCAGCGACGUCACCAAACUUGAUCUGACGGGCACGGUUCUGGCUACAUACCACUUCGAGAGACUCAUCAUUCACGACGUAGCGGUUACCCCAGAUCAGGCACGUAUGGUUUGCGUUGGUACUCUAACGGCAUCUAUGGACGGCCUGCAUCCGAGCAAGUGUCGGGCUGAGAAACAAAUUAUAGUGUACAAUAUGGAAACGGAAAAGAUUGAGAAUCGUGUACCGGUCCUGCAUGAGGUCCGUGACAUAACGCUAGCCAGAAAUGACCACGUUGCUCUGGUCAGCUACGAGAACAAAGCACCACCCCAACUCUGGAAGCUCGAGCCUAUCAAGAAGCAUCAGCAAUCGGCCAACACGGAAAUACGGCUAUCCUUACGGCAUACGUACAUGCCAAAGACGCAAGUCGAUUUCGCUGGACCAAGUUACUUCGGUGGCAAGAAUGACCAAUUAGUACUAUGCGCCGGCAAAGCUGGAGAUAUUCACAUUUGGGACCGUGAAUCUGGCACGCUUCUGCAUCACAUUCGCUCACAAACCGUCGGCGGAGACCUGACCUGCAUAGCCUGGAACCACGCCUGGGACACAUUCAUGUUCGCGACCGGCUCGCACGACGGUGCAGUCAGGAUCUGGACGUCUCCCGCCUCCAGCAACAUCCCAGGUUCGGAGGCCAGCUCUAUCUUCGCUACUAGUCGCGCGCCCACUAAUCCAGCUAACACGCCCGGCACGACCACGCCCAACGCAUACGACGCCGACUAUCGUACCGACAGCCCGACCGGCCAGCUGACUAGCGAGUCCCUCGAUCCUGCGACUCCGGGCACCCCAGGCAUCUUGAACACGGGCUCGGGUUCUGCCGCGAACGCGUUUGGAGCCCUGCCACAAGCUCGCCCUUCCGUCGUCACUUUCAGCAGUCAAGCAUUCGGUAGCAGCGAACGUUGACCGACUGACCUCUCGUUGUCUUCUUCCUCGCAUAUCAGCGUUUGUGAGAGCUCUCAUAGAUUCAUGUGUCGUGGACCGUAUAUCUUGGAUUAUACCGUAACGCCUCCUCCGGUGUGUGCUGCUAAAAGCACGCCGCUUCAUGUCGUAAAUGCUUUGCUUUUCGCUCGGUUCAAGGAAUUUGUACUAGUAUCUCGCACGCACUUCACGUUACGCACGCACUCCUGCAUGAC